CUGGAGGACACGGUGGAGGAGCGUGUCAUCAGCGAGGAGUACAAGAUCUGGAAGAAAAACACCCCCUUCCUGUAUGACCUGGUGAUGACACAUGCUCUGGAGUGGCCCAGCCUCACCGUGCAGUGGUUGCCUGAUGUGACCAGGCCAGAAGGAAAGGAUUAUGCUCUCCACUGGCUGGUUUUGGGAACUCACACGUCCGAUGAACAGAACCACCUGGUUGUUGCAAGAGUCCAGAUUCCCAACGAUGAUCAGUUUGAUACUUCGCAAUAUGACAGUGAGAAAGGAGAGUUUGGUGGCUUUGGAUCUGUGACUGGCAAAAUCGAAACGGAGAUUAAAAUUAACCAUGAAGGUGAAGUAAACCGUGCUCGUUACAUGCCGCAGAAUCCCUGCAUCAUUGCUACAAAAACACCGUCUGCUGAUGUGUUGGUAUUUGACUACACCAAACAUCCUUCAAAGCCAGACCCAAGUGGAGAGUGUAAUCCUGACCUUAGAUUAAGAGGGCACCAGAAGGAAGGCUAUGGCUUAUCAUGGAACUCAAAUUUGAGUGGACAUCUUCUCAGUGCAUCAGAUGAUCAUACUGUGUGUUUAUGGGAUAUAAGUGCUGGACCAAAAGAAGGCAAAAUUGUUGAUGCGAAAGCAAUCUUUACUGGGCACUCCGCAGUAGUAGAAGACGUGGCAUGGCAUCUGCUCCAUGAAUCGCUGUUUGGAUCCGUGGCGGAUGAUCAGAAGCUUAUGAUUUGGGACACAAGAUCUAAUACCACGUCCAAGCCAAGUCAUUCUGUAGAUGCUCAUACAGCCGAGGUCAACUGUCUGUCCUUCAAUCCUUACAGCGAGUUCAUUCUAGCAACUGGUUCAGCUGACAAGACGGUGGCUCUAUGGGAUCUUCGAAACUUAAAAUUGAAACUCCAUUCUUUUGAGUCUCAUAAAGAUGAAAUUUUUCAGGUUCACUGGUCUCCUCAUAAUGAAACAAUUCUUGCUUCAAGCGGUACUGAUCGUCGGCUUAAUGUGUGGGAUCUAAGUAAAAUUGGAGAAGAGCAGUCUGCGGAGGAUGCAGAAGAUGGGCCUCCUGAGCUGCUGUUUAUUCAUGGAGGACACACUGCCAAAAUUUCAGACUUCAGUUGGAAUCCUAAUGAGCCGUGGGUAAUCUGUUCUGUAUCGGAGGACAACAUAAUGCAGAUAUGGCAAAUGGCAGAAAACAUUUACAAUGAUGAAGAACCCGAUAUAGCAGCAGCCGAACUGGAGGGUCAAGGAACAUAACUGUCCUUCCUUAAGGAAAUACCGGGUGUGAUGUAGUAAUAUAAUUGGACUACUGUGUAUGUUAAAAGAAAAAAAAAAAAAGCCCCUAAAAGAAACAAAACCCCAAAAAACAAGGACUGGG